UUUUAAACGUGCGCGAAAAAAGUUCGAAAAAGCCUAAAUGGGUUUCGGAUGAAGUGUGGUCCAACCUUUGUCGCCACUGGUCAUCUGAUCCGAAAUUCUUGGCCAGAAGUGAAUCCGGUAAGAAAAACCGGAUGUCCGAGAAGGCCUUGGAGAUGCAGUGGCACGGGGGUCGCAAAUCUCAGAAUGCCCAUAAAGAAACUCUUGCUGGUCCUGAGAAGAAGAGGGUUGGUGUUCUCCGGCUCGUCAAGCAUUGCUGGACGAAGCACGGCGAGGAAUCUGAAGCCGAUCUGCCACCCCGCCUCGCUGACUUCGAAGUAUGUAGCAUCAUAUUUUGUUAUUUAGUAACAUAUCAAAUCUAAGUAUGUAGCAUUUCAAAAAUAUUUUUUGAAAAUGCAGACGAAGUACAACGAAUCCGUUGAAAGGCAGCGUGCGGCACGAGGCUUGACCCAGGAAGACGACCUCG